AUGACAUCGCCGCAUGUGCUGUAUUAUUGCCCCUGCAAUCAGACCUCUACUAGCAGUGCACCCUCGUCUUCUUCUACUCCAGGCCCUAGCCAACGACACAAUUCUUCUCUCGCAUCACCACCGCCCGGUUUGCCCGCCUACUCGCCAGCCUCACGCUAUGCCUUCCACCCGCUUGACUCGCUCUAUUUCUGCGAUGAAUGCGACGAGAUACGAUGCAAUCGAUGCGUGACGGUAGACAUCUCCUCCUAUUACUGUCCCAACUGCCUCUUCGAGGUCCCAGGAGCUAGUGUCAAGGCCGAAAAGAACCGCUGCGCAAGGAACUGCUUUGAAUGCCCCUGCUGUCAGCACACCCUCUCUCUCCUCGCCUCUGAUCUACCUUCGGACGUCGCUCGCAGCGUCGACCUCACAGAUCCAGUUGCAAGUCAAGGUGAACCGCCUUACUAUUUGGGUUGCUCCUCCUGUCGCUGGGAUUCGAAGUCGAUCGGCCUCGUCUUCGAGAAACCCACCGGCCUCAGCCUGCAGCUCCAACGAAGCGAGGACAAUGCUCCUGACGUGCUUGAAUUCGAUCGACUCAAAGAUCACUUCGAUCUAUACCUUAAGACACAGACUCAGGCAGCCAUCACUUCUGCAGCGGUCGGCUCCGGCAGCGCCUUUCGUUCGCGAGGCACGGCCGCUUCUCCCGUCGCCACAACCUCGUCUUCCAUUUCGAACGUUGCAAUAUCUAGUUGCAGUGCCAGAGCAAAUGCUGCACGCAAUGCCGCCGCAGCCGCCUUACAGUCCUCGAAGCUCGUCCGCGAUCUCCCGCAUCUCGCCCACUCCAAACAUCUAGCAGCAACAAGUCUGCCCGCUUCUGGACGAUCGGGUCCAAUCGAGCCGGACGAGCUCAAACGAUACCGUGCGCUAAACCCGUGGCAGCCUCCUCUUGACAGUCGUAGCAUCUCCAGCGGGCAAGCAUCGUCAAGCAUGGGUGUCAUGGCCAAGCGAGAAAAGCACCGAAGAGACUACAUCGCACGUCUUCAAAACGCUCCCAACCAACCUUUCGCUUCUCUCGACGACAAGAUCUCAUCCCUCGAGCAGCGCUGGUCUUCCGUUUCGAUAGCGGAUCAGCCAGUUCGUGCGGCAGAUCUGCGUCCAACAAGAGUGCCGCUCAAGUCCAAACUAACGAAAAGGUGUCCAGCCUGCCGACACAUUGUUAUCAAGCCGGACAUCAAAGCCGCUUCGAAUCGUUUCAAGAUCAAACUCGUAGCGCUCAACUUCCUUCCCGAGAUCCAGAUCAGUCUCGCCCCUCAGCAACCGUAUCUCGAUCCCCUUCGAUGUCGCUCCGGAGCAGGAGGUUCAGCACUUGGCUCGCUCAGGAGAAGACCUCCUUCGAUGCUUGUAUCGCACAGUACAGCUGCUGGUUCAGACUCGCUCAGCACAGGCUCUUCGCUCUUUGUGACAUCCAACGAUGUCGAUGUCAACACAUUAGUAGCAGGCCAGACGUACAGCUUUCAGAUCAUGAUCACCAAUCCUCUCGACGACCCAGUGCAGGUUGACAUGAGCUUUGUUCGCUUCGCUAAUCCUAGUCGACCUUACCGUUCGCAAUUGUCAGGCGAUGACGAUAGCCGCAACGGUUCUGUGCAGCCACUUCCCGAGCCAAAGUAUAUCUUCUCUUCUGCAUCGCACGUUUCGGACGCUCGCGACAGCACCGGAGACAGUCAAGCAUCGAAACAGGAAACCACGAACAGAACCCGAAGACAUCGCCUUGGAUGGCAGGUAUAUCCGUCAGCAACUAGCGUUCCCUUGAACGCAUUCAACGAAGUCUGGGAGCUGGAAGACUCCGAGGACCUCUACCUUUCAAAAAGCGAGUCUGACGCCAGCCGAAGCGCUGACCUCUACAACAACAAUGCAGACAACUCACAGAGCCGGGUUGCGGUAAAGACGGCGAUUGAACGCAACACAGGACCAACUGACUCCAAGGAAGAGUCUGCGUGGGUCUUCGAGGACGAGGAGGACGACAAAGACGACGACGCUUACCGCCAAUCUCAUUCUUCUACCAGCGGUCAACGGCGCAAAUCGUUCGUUCAAAAGGGUCACACAACCUCCUUCUACCUCGACCUUGCCAUUUCCGCCAAGGACCCGCCAGUGCCAGGUCCUUUGGAGCUGGCUAUGCACGUCACCUAUCGCUACUCGACAUCGGCCGGCCAAGAAGGUGAUGCGGCGGCGACUGCAGCUGGCAAAGACUUUUCGUUCUGGACCUCUAUUCAACUUGGUACUGUUGUUGCGGUCGACGAGCGACGCUGA